CCAGCGGAAGUGAUUCCUUCAACCAACAACCAAAACAUUUGUUCGCUAUGGGAGACAUUUUCUCUUCUAGCAGUUUGUGUGAAUAGUCAGGGACGUGUAUAAACGUCGUUUCCUCCGCCAUGCUUCAGCUGAACGACACGGUGGAGCCGGAGAGUCCGGGGCCUGCGGUUCUCCACCCCGCACAGACCGAGGAGGGGGUCGAGGUCGCCUUCACGCCGCCGGAGGCCGCCGGGCGAAGCCUGGGACACGCAGCCUCCGUGGCCUGCUGCCCCCCACUGCAAACCCUCACGCCUUUUCACGUGCACAACCCCACGAUGCAAGCUAAAGUAAAGGACUACUUCGUGUUCAGGCCAGGUACCAUUGAACAGGCUGUGAGUGACAUCCGGACUGUGGCUCUUCCAUCUGAGGACGGAGAGGUGCUCAGUGUUUGGCUGCUGGCAGAAGUUGACCACUGGAACAAUGAGAAGGAGAGACUUGUGCUUAUAACUGAUAGGUCUCUGCUGGUGUGCAAAUAUGACUUCAUUAACCUGCUGUGUCAACAAGUUCUCAGGAUCUCCCUGAACGCUGUAGACACCAUCUCUGUGGGAGAGUUUGAAUUUCCACCAAAGUCCCUUAACAAGAGAGAGGGUUAUGGGAUUCGUGUCCAGUGGGACAAACGCCCCCGGGCUUCCUUCUUAAACCGCUGGAAUCCCUGGUCCACAGACAUGCCCUACGCCACCUUCACCGAGCAUCCCAUGUCCCACGCUGAUGAGAAGGUGGCCUCUCUCUGCCAGUUGGACAACUUCAGAACCCAACUGGUGCAGGCAGUGAAAAAAGCCCACAAGGAGCAGCCCAUCCCCGGUCGUGCCAACGGUGUCCUGAUCCUGGAAAGACCCCUGCUCAUCGAGACCUAUCUGGGAAUUAUGUCUUUCAUCAACAAUGAAGCAAAGCUGGGCUACUCCAUGACGCGUGGCAAAAUCGGCUUCUGAAUUGUUUUCCUUUAGAGAUAAGGCCAUGUUAACACAGCCGCGCUGC